AUGAGUUCGAUUGCCAGAGAGAUUCAACCUAUGAUUGAAAGCAAUCCAGACAUGCCAAUUCAUGCAAUCCAAAGUCAACUACUUCGGAAGCAUCAACUUGAAAUAUCACUCCAUAAGGUCUUCAGAGCCAAGAGGAUAGCAACUACGAAGAUUUAUGGUGAUUACCAAGAACAGUAUGCUUUGCUAAGGUCAUAUUGUGAUGAACUUCUAAAAGUCAACCCAGGUAGUACAGUUAAAAUUGAUGUGGAGCCAUGUGGGAACUCAGCUAGUCCUACAAGGCAGUUUCGAAGGGUUUAUUUUUGUUUCGCCUCUAUGAUGAGAGGAUUUAAGAUGAUUGGAAGACCAUUGCUGGGUGUGGAUGGUUGUUUCAUGAAAGGUCCAUAUCCUGGACAGAUCUUGAGUGCUGUUGGUAUUGAUGGAAAUAAUAGCAUAUAUCCAGUUUGUUAUGCCCUUGUUGAGGCAGAAACAACACAAACCUGGAAAUGGUUUUUGCAACUGUUGAGAGAUGACCUAGGGUGUACGGCUGACUCUUGUUUCACCUUCAUCAGUGACAGACAAAAGGGUCUAAUUCCUGCUAUGCUAGCUGUUUUUCCUAAUGGUGAGCACAAAUUUUGUUUGAGGCACAUCAAUGAGAACAUGAAAUCCAAGUGGCGUGGAGAUCUUUACAAGAAUUUGCUUUGGUCAGCCGGAAGGAAGACAUCCAUUCCAUACUUUAACAAAGCUAUGGAAGAAAUUAAGACAACAGAACGAGCUAUGUAUAACUGGCUGAAUGAGAUCCCAUUCACCGCUUGGUCAAGAGCAUAUUUUUCUGGAAGAGCUAAAUGUGAUAUGUUGCUGAACAACAUUUGUGAGGUUUUUAACCGACAAAUCGUAGGAGCAAGGGACAAGCCGAUUAUCACAUGCCUAGAAUUCAUUCGGGAGUACAUGACCAAGAGGAUAGUUAAUGUCAACAAAUUGCAAGCAAAGUGUACGGGGCCACUGACACCUCAUGCAACUGAGGUGUUCGAUGAGAUCAAGAAACAGGCUGCUGAAAUGUCUGUUCUCAUGGUUGAUUCAGACAAGUAUCAAGUAACAGGUCCGAGAUCACAGUGUGUUGUGAAUGUCAAACAUAAAACUUGUGCAUGCAGGAAGUGGGAUUUGACAGGGAUGCCUUGCAAACAUGCAGUUGCAGCCAUAUGA